AUGGGCGGCUUCAAACGGGCCAUGAUGCGAUUCACCUCCAGCAAGAAUCUAGCCCCAGCUGGUGCUGACCCCCUUAUUCAUGCAGACGCACCGCAGGUCAAUCUGCCGCAUGUGGACACUCAGUUAAAUAUGCACAACGGAUUCCUCGAUGACGAGUCUCCGGCCGCAGGCCAGAACGGAACCUCCAAUGAGACCUCUCCCGCUCCUUCCCAACCAUCGAACCCCUCAGCUACAACAGACACCAGCAAUGGCGAGCCGCAAACCACAGAAUGGUCUGCAGUCGGACAUGCAGCAACCGGCAAGUCUGGCCGGGUCAUACACAAUCUCCAGGAGGAAAUUGCGCGUCUGACGCGUGAAUGCACUUUGCAAAAGUCCCGCGCGGAAGAAUUCCAACGGACAAACGAAGCCUACAAGAUCCAGCAACAAAAUAUGAACGAGCGACUGCAAAACCUCGAACAGGUCAACGAAACCAAUCUCAACUCAAUCGCGCGCAAGGACCGGCAGUUGGAAGAACUGCGAACAGAUAUACAACAUGAGCGCUCGAAGCGUCAUGAUGCCGAGCUGGACGCCAAUCAAACCAACGAUAUGAUGCGCGAGGAACGCGAGAACCACAACCGCGAACAAGCUCGGAUACACGAGAUCUCCAAGUACCACGAAACACAGUACGAGGUGCUAGCAUGCACGACGAAGCUCGACAAGGCGGAAUUCACAAGACGUAUCAAUGUUAUCUCCGGCCAGUUCCAGUCCAUAUCCAAUGCGCAGAAAACACACAUAUACUCCACCGAGCGCUUGGAGGUCCUCGCAGAUCAGAAGAACCGUGAGAUCGAGGCUCUCAAGGAUUCUUAUGAAAAACUGCUGGCUACACAUACUGCAUAUAAGGAUAUGAAGGAGAAUGAAUUCCGAAGUACCCUUGGGUCAGCCCAAUCUAACAAUGGCAAAAUCGAUGCAGCUCUGGCCCAAAUCAAGGAGACAGAAUCAGAGAUGAAGUGGGUGAUGCGGCUGAGUGAAAGCCAGCAAGCCAAGAAAUCUGCCAGCAAAUGA